AUGCAAAUGGGCCUAGGGAGCUUCCCUCCCCCCCGCUCGGUGAUGGAGACUGGGGGUGCGGCUUCCACUCCCCCAGCUGGGAGCAGCAACAACCAUCACCUGUACCUCCCUGUGAACCACCUGAUCUGUUCGCGGGGUGGGCUGAGAAGCCAGAAAGGGGACUCUCGUAAGGGUUAUACCAAUCUGCCUGAGGCUCUGCGGAUCAGAUUGGAAUUGGACGGUGAGAGUCAAACCCUGGAGCUGCUGCAGAAUAGGGAGCUGGUCCCAGGCCGCCCACACCUGAUGUGGUACGAGCCUGACGGCACCCGUGUGGUCAGCGAGGGACACACUCUGGAGAGCUGCUGCUACCAGGGAGCGGUACGGGGCCACGUGGGCUCCUGGGCGUCGGUGUGCACCUGCUCAGGGCUCAGGGGUCUGGUGGUCCUGUCCCCCGAGAGAAGCUACACCUUGGAGCUGGGGCCCGGGGACCUGCGAGCCGCCCCCAUCAUCUCCCGGACCCGAGACCUCCUCCUGCCAGGCCGCACCUGUGGGUUGAGCUGGCAUGCAUCUGUGGCCACGCGGGCUCCCCAGGAGCGGCCCCGGGGACGGCGCCACAGCCACACGCGCAGUCGUCGGCGGAGGCGGGACGUGGUGGCAGAGACCAAGGUUAUUGAGCUGGUGCUCGUGGCCGACCAUUCUGAGGUCCAGAGGUACCCGGACUUCCAGUACCUGCUGACCCGCAUGCUGAAGGUGGCCUUUCUCCUGGACACCUUCUUCCGGCCCCUGAACGUCCGGGUGGCGCUGGUGGGCCUGGAGGCCUGGAGCCAGCGUGACCUGGUGGAGAUCAGCCGGGACCCCGGCCUCACGCUACACAACUUCCUGCGCUGGCGGCGGGAAGACUUACUGCCUCGACUGCCCCACGACAGCGCCCAGCUCGUGACUGCCACCUCGUUCUCCGGGCCCGCGGUGGGCAUGGCCGUUCAGAAUUCCAUCUGCUCUCCUGACUUCUCGGGGGGUGUGAACAUGGACCACUCCACCAGCGUCCUGGGGGUUGCGUCCUCCAUAGCUCACGAGCUGGGCCACAGCCUGGGCCUGGACCACGACUUGCCAGGGAACAGCUGCCCCUGCCCGGGCCCGGCCCCGGCCAAGAGCUGCAUCAUGGAGGCCUCCACAGACUUCCUGCCAGGCCUCAACUUCAGCAACUGCAGCCGGCGGGCCCUGGAGGAGGCUCUCCUGGAGGGGAUGGGCAGCUGCCUCUUCGAACGGCGGCCCGGCCUGCCCUCUAUGGCCGCGGUCUGCGGAAAUAUGUUGGUGGAGCCGGGCGAGCAGUGUGACUGUGGCUUCCCGGACGAAUGCACCGACCCCUGUUGCGAUGACUUCACCUGCCAGCUGAGGCCUGGGGCGCAGUGCGCGUCCGGCGGGCUCUGUUGUCAGGAUUGCCAGCUGCGCCCAGCCAGCUGGCAGUGCCGCCCCGCCAGAGGGGACUGUGACCUCGCGGAGUUCUGCUCGGGAGACAGCCCCCAGUGCCCUCCUGACGUCAGCCUGGGGGACGGCGAGCCGUGCGCGGGGGGCCAGGCUGUGUGCGUGCAGGGGCGCUGCGCUUCCUAUGCCCAGCAGUGCCAGGCUCUCUGGGGACCCGGGGCCCAGCCCGCCGCACCGCGCUGCCUCCUUACCGCCAAUACGAGAGGCGAUGCCUUCGGGAGCUGUGGACGCAGCCCUGAUGGCAGCUACGUGUCCUGUGCCCCUAAAGACGCCAUGUGCGGGCAGCUCCAGUGCCAGGGGGGUCGGGCCCGGCCGCUGCGGGGCUCAGCCCGGGAUCUGCACUGGGAGAUACUAGAGGCCAACGGGACCCAGCCGGAGCUGAACUGCAGCUGGGUCCACCUGGACCUGGGCAAUGACGUGGCCCAGCCCCUCCUGACUCUGCCCGGCACAGCCUGUGGUCCUGACCUGGUGUGCAUUGACCGUCAAUGUCAGCCCGUGGGUCUCCUGAGAGCGCAGGAAUGUCGAAGCAAGUGCCAUGGGCACGGGGUCUGCGACAGCAAAGGACACUGCCGCUGCGAGGAGGGCUGGGCGCCGCCGGACUGCGCCAACCGCAGCAGAGCCACGUCCACUCUCACCUCAGUCUCUACUUUCUGA